AUGGAAAUCAUAAUAGGAGACUUAGGCUUUGCUAAGUCAUUGAAUGAUACAGAGAUUGCUACAUCUUGGUUAGGCACUCCGGUUAACAUGGCUCCUGAGAUUUUGAACAAGAAUCCGUAUACCUCAAAAAUAGAUAUAUGGUCUCUUGGCAUCAUGGUAUAUGAAUUGCUUGUUGGCUUUACUCCAUUCGUAGGCAGACGCAUGAGCGAGUUGACAAGGAAAGUAAAUAAAGGAGAAUACGGAGUCCCUCAGGAUAUCAAUUUGUCUCUCUCAUGUAUUGACUUCCUGAGUAAAUGCCUCCAGCUUGAUCCGAUAAAAAGAAUUUCUCAUUGUGAUAUCCUAAAUCACCCAUUCCUUGAAGAAGAUGAUGACUCCGAGAGAGUCAAUCUGUCUGUGAGUAUGGAUUUGAAUCAAAGUUCUUUCUUUGAAAUUCCUACUUGAGGGUUUGAAAUUACUGACACUAACGCAGUGAUGUUUGCUAAGAUGCAGAACACCCUAAGUGGCAAAGCACAAUUGAGAACUAUAUGCUCUCCAAGAGUUUAGUCUAGCUCCUAUUUCUUCUGAAGCUACCCUUGCGCCUUACAAAGAGAUAAUUGAAGAGUUUAGUGCUGAGGUAGAAACAAGCGAAGAUGCAAAUCUUCCAGAAGAUAGCUCUUUAGCAAACCCAACUGAAAAUAUAUGGGAAGAAGAUUAUGAGAACCUUUUAGGAAGUCGAAAUGCAACCAUUAACUCACCACCGAUAUUUUCA